AUGAAAGCUAGCCGUCUUAGUGUCCGAUGUGCUCCUCAUACCAGCAUUGCAAGGUGGAUUGGUUUUAAACAAUCGGUCAAUCACAACAGUUCAUGUCCUGAGAUUGAAGGGUGGAAGGGAGUCUUGGGUAACGGUAAAAUUCUUGUGGCUGGAAGUCGAGUUGCUCAGGAAAUCUUCCUGCAGAAAUGCAAGUGGUGUGCGCAUGUUCUAGAAAUCUUAGAUUCGCCUCUAAUUGCAGGGUCACGGUUUGAGACCGAUGAGACUAAUGGAACAGCUCAUUUCCUUGAGCAUAUGAUUUUUAAGGGUACUGAAAAGAGGACUUCUUGGGAGAUGGAAGAGGAAAUUGAGAAUAUGGGUGGACAUUUGAAUGCCUACACUUCCAGGGAGCAAACAGCGUACUAUGCUAAGGUGUUGGAUAAGGAUGUCCCUGUAGCUUUGGAUAUUUUGGCUGAUAUACUUCAGAAUUCCAAGUUUGAAGAGAAAAAAAUUGAACGUGAACGUGAUGUCAUCCUUAGGGAGAUGGAAGAGGUUGAAGGUCAAACAGAGGAAGUCAUCUUUGACCAUUUGCAUUCAACUGCAUUCCAGUACUCACCUUUGGGUAGGACUAUUCUUGGACCUGCCCAGAAUAUAAAGACAAUCACCAGAAGUCAUCUGAAGGACUACAUAUCAACACAUUAUACUGCUCCCAGAAUGGUAAUUGUUGCUUCCGGGCCUGUUAAACAUGAAGAAUUCGUUGAUCAAGUUAAGAAACAAUUUACUAAGCUUUCAGCCGACCCGACUACGGCCUCAGAAUUGGUUACCAGAGAACCAGCAAUUUUUACAGGUUCAGAGGUUAGGGUAAUUGAUGAUGACAUUCCUUUGGCGCAAUUUGCUGUUGCUUUUCAAGGGGCACCAUGGACUGAUCCAGAUACCAUUCCGCUGAUGGUAAUGCAAUCAAUGCUGGGCACUUGGAAUAAAAAUGCUGGAGGAGGGAAGCACAUGGGUUCCAGUCUGGCACAAAGUGUUGGCAUUAAUGAAUUAGCUGAGAGCAUGAUGGCUUUUAACACCAACUAUAAAGAUACUGGUCUUUUUGGUGUGUAUGCUGUUGCAAAGCCUGAUUGUUUGAGUGAUUUAUCCUACUGCAUUAUGCGUGAGGUAAGCAAAUUGUGCUACCGAGUUUCGGAUGCUGAUGUGACUCGUGCUUGCAAUCAGUUGAAGUCUUCUCUCAUGCUUCACAUUGAUGGAACUAGUCCUGUUGCCGAAGACAUUGGGCGUCAGCUACUCACAUAUGGCAGAAGGAUUCCAGUCACAGAGCUUUUUGCAAGGAUUGAUGCCGUGGAUGCUAGCACCAUCAAACGAGUUGCAAACAGAUUUAUAUUUGACCAGGAUGUUGCUAUAUCCGCAGUGGGGCCUAUCCAGGAUCUACCUGAUUAUAACUGGUUCAGGCGUAGAACCUACAUGCUCCGUUAUUAGGCGAUUCUUUGUUUCGGAGUUACCCACCUCGCGCGACCAUUUCCUUGUCGAAUAUAUAGGUCUUGCGUUUCUAAUUAUUCUUCUUGCAUACCUUCUGGUUUUGUAACGGUUUUGUAGUUUUUUUCCUAUAAAAAUAAGCGGCCUAUAUUCAAUAAUUUGGUUGUCGACAUUUGUUUUGAUAUUCUUUAAAAAAUUGUAGAUUGCAAAUUUGCAUUUAGGUUUGUUAUGAUUACGUUUGUUCAUAGUGGACCGUUCUUUAAAUGAAAUCGAUUGUGCAAUUGAUCUUCA